ACCGAUGUCAAAGGCGUAAGUACAUUCAGCAAGUGUAAAAUGUACGACGUAAACUGGACAACUAUUCAGUCGUGGGAUUAUGAGAAUUGGAAUUCAACAAGGCAUCACGAAAAACUCAAUGUUUUAGAUUGUGAUGUUCGAGAAUUCGAUAAACAAUGGUAUCAAAGCACAAUCGUGUCUCAGGAGGAUUGGGUGUGUUCGAAAGAUAUGUAUCAAACAAAUACAUUUGCGCUGAAUCGCAUCGGUGAAGUAAUCGGAACAUUUUUUUUCGGUCAACUUGGCGAUAGGUUUGGCAGGAAAAUUAUUUUCUACGUUAGUGUUUCGUCGAUUGUACUUGGCCGCGUUGCAAUGAUGUUCACAACAUCUCACUUCACUUGGUUUUCAAUUGUAUCAGUUUUCGGCAGCUUUUGUGCGAUAUCACUCUUUCAAUCACCAUUUAUUAUUGCAAUGGAAAUAUCUAAGCCAGACGAUCGAGCGAAUGUGGCAAUCAUUCAAAAUCUGGCGUGGACAUUAGGCUUAUGUAUUUUGCCCUUUAUAUACUGGAUCGUUGGCGACUGGUUUUCUUUCUUCGUUAUAACAUCACUACCAUUGCUCAUUUUCAUUUUCAUUCCAACUUACAUGAUUGAGUCUCCGCGCUGGUUGGCUAAUCGCGGAAAACUGGACAAAGCAGCACAUUAUUUGAAUCGCAUCGCGAAAAUCAAUAAAAAGUCCAUCCAUUUGACUGAAAAAGGUCUGCGAACGUUGAUACCAAAUGAUGAACCUGAAAAAAUUUACGGAAUGUUGUCACUAUUCAGUGGAUUUCGUUUAGCGAAAAAUACAACGAUUUUAAUUAUCUGCUGGAUGAUUUGCACACUUGCUUAUUUCACAUUAAUUUUGUACAUAUCACAAGCCGAUGGAAAUCCAUUUUUGAAUUUCUUCAUACAGAGUGCAAUCGAGGCGCCUGCAUUUUUUCUUGGAACUUAUAUGGCAAAUACUCUUGGUCGACGAUGGACAAACUCAUUUUCUUUCAUUUUGGCAUCUCUCUUCUGCAUUCCUACCAUCAUUCUUGCUAAUUACGUUGAGUGGGAGUAUAUCGCUACAUGCUCGGUAAUCGUUGUGAAGUUUUGGCUUGCAAUCACAUUUUUUGUAAUCAAUUUACAAGCCAUGGAAACGUAUCCAACGUGCUUACGUCAGACUGGUCUUUCAAUUGGCACAAUCGGAUCGAAUAUUAUUGGAAUUUUGGGUCCUUACAUCGUCUAUUUGGGCACCAAAUACGACAGCCGAUAUCCAAUUAUGAUAUUAUUUGCACUAUGUCUGAUCGGUUCAAUAGCAGGCCUGUUCCUGCCCGAAACACUCUAUCAAAAGCUUCCCGAUUCAAUGGCCGAGGCGAGAAUGUUCGGUGCUGAUCAAAAAUUCUGGAGCCUCCCAAAAAGAUCCAAAGAAAGUGCCGAAAAAGAGAAAAAUCAUAAUAUCACCGCUGAUGAACUGGAAAGACUUAAUCCAUUACUGUAAAUAUAUUUAUUGUGGUAUAAAUUCAAUUCAUUGCAUCUCCAAAAAUUGGAGCGCAAUACGCGCAUUUCAAUUCACAUAAGAUGAAUACGAUUAGCAAAUAAAUAUCUAUAACUUGUGUAUUAUUUUUUUAAAUUACAAUUGCAUUUGUUUAUUCUUUCCGCUAAGUUAGAUGUGAUGUAAAAAAAGAACAAUAAAAUACUGUCUUCAAACUA